AUGGUAACUUUUGUCUCCGAGGCUGUCCGAGGGCCCGAUGGUAUGAUAGACUUCUCGCAGCCGAUUCUUCGGGGUCGAUGCGACCUUUUCGUCAAGCCAGAUAAACCAUCUCCCUGGCCAAUGUUCAAACCUGCAUAUGAAGUCGCUCCGGUGCUUCACUCCAACCGGCGACAAAAGGUCGUCAAGGGAUGGCUUUUAUCCUGUCUUGCACAACACCAACGCUGUAGCAAGCCGUUCUGCGGUGGUAAAUACGACACGGCGAUGGCCCCAAAGAGACUCUUGGAUCUCGGAAAAAAUCCUCGAAUGGGAUUGAAACUAGUAGACGCAUCCUUGGACACGAAGCCUUAUGCAGCAGUCGUUCACUCUUGCGUUGAGCCAUUGGAACCACCCCUGGCACCGACGCGGUGGGAGAACCUGGAGGAGAGAAAGCAGAAGAUCCAAUGGUGGCAGAUCCCCAAGGCGAUUCAGGAAAGCUUUAUCGUGGCCCAUGAACAGGGCAUAAGAUACGUCUGGGUCAAAGACUUUUGCGUUUUGCAGGACGAUGACGAUGACGGCUCCUGGCACAUUUAUCGAGAGGACAUAAUCUUCCGCGGCUCUUUUCUCGCCAUUGCCAUCACUGGUAUUAAGGAUCUUCGCCACAGCAGCUUUGGCCCUCGGACAAUUAUCUCCGGCGAUGUGGACCCCAAGAAGACACCCGAGUGCUUCCCGAUUCCGGUAAACCACCGCGGCCGCGACUACACCAUCUACGCUCGAGACUCCAUGUAUCAUGCUCACCAACUUCUCAGGGAGGAGCGCCAUUACUACGGUCGUCGAACUCGAGAUGAGAUGAUUUCGAUAUUUGGCAACGAUUCCUCCUUCCAAGGCAUCGCCCUGUCCCCGAGAGUUCUCCAUCUUCGAAACUCUGAGAUGGUGUGGGAAUGUCAGGAAGACCAGCGUUGCGAGUGUAUGGCGGAACCCCACAAUCAUCAACGGGAUAGAAAGAUGCAAUGUACCUGGGGUAAAACCCCAGGGCACUUGAAGUUGAAUGGCCUGAUGUUUGAUGAGGUUUUCCGCGGUAUCAUGCACCUGCCUUGUGAGAGAGACGACAGACAGCUGACGUUAAGCGCUUUCUUCCGUCAUCUUUCUCAACUAUCUGCCGAAGCAGAGGAUCCGAAGUCGCGCGUUCAUUGGGUUGCCGGCAUCUCAAUGUCCGAAGACAACGAAACCAAAAUACCGUACGAUCUUCUUUGGAGCGUCGGUCGCCUUCAUGAUGAUAGCGGAUGGCCCAUACAACAUAGGCAUUCGCCAAAGACGUCACCGGACUACUCUCCAAUGAGAUCCAUACCUUACUACGCUCCCUCAUGGUCGUGGACAAGCAUGCAGUUCAGCAAGGGUGAGAAACUGUUGACUGCGAAAGACAUCUGCUGGCCGAGCACGGCCGGGGCUCUAAGUCCGGACAAAGAUUUCAAACUCAACAGUGUGGAACUAGUUUCGCGCAAUACGACGAUUCGGCAUCAUGUCACUAGAUCCACAUCAUAUUCCACAGACAUGCCCUUGCCUUCCGACGAAGUGUUCAAGCCUCAUCUGCUUCACUUGCAGGGAAAGAUCAUGUCCGUGGAGCUUGACGCGGAGUAUGUGACAGAAACUAGCCAUGAAGACGCGAAGAUACCAUCGUUCAAUAUGUCGACAAAUCACAUAGGACUUUACCGACUCGACUCUGAGCCCUUGCCCGGUGCAGAAUUCCGACCAGAUUGCGACAGGUUGGCUGAGUUAUACCUCUCUCGUUCACACGCAAAGCAGCAUUUGGACCUGGUGGUCCUGCUCCUCGGCAGCGUGAAGGCCUUCUUCGAUGGACGUGAUCCCCCAGCAGAUGACGUCUCCGGCGAGGGCCAGGGGAUGGAUGUUGGACUUGUUCUCUCUGAAAUUUGUAAUCCCGAAUCUGGGCAGCCUGUGAGGAAACGUCUCGGCGUGUUCACGGUGCCACAUACAAUAGAGGGGAGGAGUUGGUUUGAUAUUCUCAACAUCAAGCCAACGGCCGUAAGGGUAGAAUAA